AUGUGACUGUGUGCUCACUUCCUGGGAGAUGGGACAUACUGAACACACACAGCAGGGAGAGAAAAAGGCAGGAACUUGCGGCGCAAAGGAAACAUUGCGUCUGGAGCGUCCUCUCCACAAGCCAGAGCAGUCAUCAAUUUCCAUGCAGACAGAGCCCACAUGCAGGACACCAUGACUGAAGGUUUGCAGGAGGCAGCAGUGAGGGGCUAUGACUCCAUUACACACGCACCCCACAUCACUCCCCUCCCCAUCUGUUAAUCGCAGACCUGCCGCCGCUGUCAUUUCGCCUUUGCCGAAGCCCAGAGAAACAUGGGAAGUGUCAGCAGCUUGAUAUCGGGUCACAGUCUCCACAGCAAGCACUGCCGCGCCACAGAGUACAAGCUCAAGAAAGCCCCUCAGGCCAAGAAGUCAGGCCGCAACCUGGACGGCCUGCUGCGGUAUGGUUUCUCUCAGGACUCCGCCAACAACAACACCAAAGCUGUCUUCCAGUCAGGCAAGAGUGAGGACUUCUUUUACAUCAAGGUGAGCCACAAGCCCCGGCCCGGCCACCACAGGCACACCGUGGCAGAGGACCAACCCGAGGGGCAGGUUGUCAUGGAAACUGGCAGCUGCACACCGCCUAAACUGGUGCCUAUGUCCGGGAAACUGGAAAAGGGCAUCGAGAAGGGCUUGGUACGACCAACAGCGUUCAAGCCUGUCAUUCCCAGGAGCAGCACUUACACAGAUAGUCAUACCAACCUGAACCAGGUCAAUGGGAAAAGACUGAGCCCCUCUGAAAGGGCGAAAGAGCAGCACGAGCAGAAGCCGGACACCAACUCGGGGACGUUUUCCGAUUCGGGCCGGAACUCCAUGUCCAGCCUGCCCACCCACAGCACCAGCAGCAGCAGCCAGAUGGACAACCUCGGCACCUCCACGGGCCUGCUGAUCCGCUGUGGGGGCUCCGCCCACAAUGUGAGCCGCCCCCAGCACCUCAGCAGCGCGGCGGCGGCGAAUGGGGGCGGCGCGGCGGGCGCCAAGCCCGCAGCUUUCUGCGACGGUGCAGCGGCAAGGCCGACCAGGGACGGGAUCUCUCCCGAACAGCAGAACCCUUUUUCUGAGAGCACGGGGGGCUGCGUGCGCUCCCCCAUCUCUAUGGACGAGUCCCUCAUCCAGCAGCUGGAGCAGAGGCUUCUGGAGAGGGAGACAGAACUCCAGGAGCUGCAGGUCAGCUUUGAGGAGAAGGAGGCGGACACCUGCCAGCUCUUUCAGGAGAAGCAGAAGUACUGUGCCGAGGAGAUGGAGGGGCUGAAGCAGAGGUGUUCCACCAAGCUGCGGCAGGCUUCCCAGAAGGCGCUGAGGGCCCAGCAGGUCCUCCAGCUUCAGGUCUUCCAGCUGCAGCAGGAAAAGAAGAAGCUGCAGGAUGAUGUGUCCCAGCUGACCCAGGAGAAAGACCUCAUAGAGGUCAAGCUCAGGUCCUACGAGACUGAGAAGACCCAGCUGGUUCCAACUUUGGAGGAAACUCAGUGGGAAGUAUGCCAAAAAUCCGGAGAGAUCUCGUUGUUGAAGCAGCAGCUCAAGGAUUCUCAGGCUGAAGUGAGUCACAAGCUGAAUGAAAUUGUGAGUCUCAAAGCCACACUUAAGGACACCAAGAGCAAGAUGGAAGCCCUGGAACAAAAAAUCAAGGAACAAGAGGAGGCUGUCCGUUCACGAACCGUGGAGGUGGAGGUGUGCGAGAAUGAGCUGCAGCGGAAGAAGAAUGAGGCCGACCUGCUCAGGGAGAAGGUCGGCCAGCUGGAGGCAGACAUCAGGGCCAUGAAGCAGGACUUGGCCCUGGCCAAAGAGCAGCAGCGGAACAGCAGGGAGGAGGCCAAAGCCAGCCAAGGCAAGGUCAAAGGUCAGCCAGAGGGGGUGGAGGACAUGGAGGCCCUGCAGAAGGAGGUGGACAGGCUGAGGGGGGAGCUCCGCGAGGAGAAGCAGAGGAAGGAGAGGAUGGUGAGCAACUUCCAGCUGGAACGGCAGACGUGGAACAGGGAGAAGGACAAGGUUAUCAAGUACCAGAAGCAGCUCCAGUACAAUUAUCUGCAGAUGCACAGGAAAAACCAGGACCUGGAGAAAAUCCUACGGGAGCUGACCGCUGAGCUGGAGAGCCGAACAGAGCUGGACAUCGAUGUCCAGAGUGCAGAUAUGCACUAUGAGGACAUCAUUGCCACUGAGAUAUGAGCUCUCAGGGACCCAGGCAGAAUAAUGACAUGUCACAUGCACACAAACCAAAAAGGUCUCUUCCAAAGCAAUUUGAUCAAAAGUCAACUUGGGGCAUUCUUUUUGGCAUGUUUCAAGUGUCCACAGGACAAUGCUGUAUAUUAAUAGUUGCUUACCUAUUCCACACUCUUUUAUGCUCCAAACUAUUGGAUGCUGAUGUAUAUUUCAUUUUGUUUCAACU